AUGACAGAGAGACGCAGGAGACGAACAGGCUGCCUCACCUGCAGAGCACGGCAUGUCAAAUGCGAUGAACGAAAACCCGAAUGCGAGCGCUGCGAAGCUGGAAAUAUCGAAUGUGCAGGCUAUCUUCCGAAAAGGCAAGUAGAAGUGCGGGAGUCGCAGCGCCGCGGUCGUCGAGGCCGUCGAGGACAAUCUUCAUCCCUCGGUAAUAUUGCUCCAACACCACCACAUUCUCUUUCAUCAGACGCUUCAUUACCUUCAUCAACCGGGGAGGUCGCCAAUUAUCCCCACCAACUGUUCCGCAGCGAUGGACUUCCACUUGUCGGUUUACCCAGCAACCCUCGUCCCUCCCAGAGGCCACUAGCAGGGGCUCGAGAAGUGCUUGCGUAUCACCAAUUCCUCUUUCGUACGCUGCCAAUUCUAUUUCCUACAGAACACUUGUGGUUUUGGAGAGAUAGAUUAUGCGAAGAAGGAUGGGGAAUCGAAUACUUGUACAUGAUGUUUUCAGCGCUCGGCAGCAUGCAUCGUGCCGUGUUAAUGAUGUCGAUGCCGGGUGACAGCGACCAGGAUCGCGGACUGGACACAAAAGUGAUUGCUAUUCAAUCAUACACUUUUGCUCUUCAGGAGCUGAGCCGAAAUUUAGAAGAUGCAAAGAAGACGCAAGAAGUUUUCAUUGCGACUAUCAUACUAAUGGCCUAUUUCGAGUGCUUCUCGUCCAAUAUCACGGCAGCAUAUAGUCACAUACGUUCAGCAAGCUAUUAUUUCGAGCUAUACAAGACUAGUUUUUCACGUCAAAAAGCAAAUGACACUCCUACUCUAGACUAUCUUGAUACAGCUCUUCUGAACUUGAGUUGGAUGUGCUUCAUGGCAUUGCCUCUACAAAACAAGAUGCCCUCAAGCAGGCAAACCAUUACAGUAUCCGAAGAAAUUCCCGUGACACCCACGUCGUUGCGGCAAAAUUUACUCAGUAUCUUGGCUGAAUCUGGAUUAGAAGAUUUGAUAUGGAACCUGGUGCCACGAUACUCAAAAUCUAUGGCCCUUGCCAAAAUUUACUGGCUGCAACAAAAGCUGCGAGCGUGGAGAGACGCAAAUAAAUCAAUUCUACCGCCCUUGGCCUCAGAUAUGGCAGAUUCAACCCAAUUAAACUUUCAAGAGGACCCUUUUCUCAUCCCACCCUCUCUCUAUUCGACGACGACACUAUACGAUGCCUCUGCUACUCUCUGUAGUUUUCUUUUGGGCCGCACCUUUUGGUUAUUGUCCAUCCUCGAAGAUGGCGUAAAUACAAAAACGCAUAAACGUCUGGCAUAUUUGCAUUUCUACGAGACUUUGCGAUUUGCAGCAACAGAUGGAGCUUGUAAAGCAAUACCGCCGAGUAAUAGGAGUGCGAGAUGUUCAUCGCCAUUACCCUGUGAAGAUCUCGAAAAUGGAAUACUGUCUAUGCUUUACAUAAUCGGACAGUGUUCCCCUGAACCUUCCUGGCUGCUCUGGAUCACACAGUUAAUGAAGCAUUCCGGGAGGCAAGGACUAUAUAAUGGAUUGGUCUAUGCCGCUAGCCUCGAAACUUGGCACUCAUUCGAGGUGAAUAAUAGCGUUUUGCAAGAAGAGUUGCAAUUGCGCUAUCCAGAACCAUCAUCGCGAACAAUAUCAGUCCUCAUUCCAGAUGCGAAUGGCACGGAGUUUAUUACAUACUAUGCGAAACCAGCUGAAAUAGAUGAUUUGCUCAUGAGCAAUGAUGGCUUGAUGUAUUAUCUUCUUGGCGACACACAUCUGUCAUGUCGACUACUGGAUGGUCAUAUUGAGCAAAACGUCCAUGUGUAUCACCACCAAGACCUGGACAUGGAAUUAUUCACACCUGAUUGGCUCCAAAGCCAAGCUAUUUGCCUCGACUGGCAGCAUCGAUCGUUACAAGUAGAAUUUGAUUUGAACCGUAUCCUUCAGGACCACAUAAACGGCGGGCAAUUUUUAAUACCGUCUAAUACUAGCUACUGA